AGUUUUGACAACUUAACGGUCACAAUUACGUCUGAUAAUAUUUGUAACCGGUUACACUUGAAAUUUAUUUUUGUUUUACUUUUUUUCUAAAAAUCAUGUGUUUUGAAUGUCAGAAUAAUAUCAAAAAAUGGAAUCGAUCGGUGUGCUCGCGAAUCAGUGGAACUAUUAAUCAUAUAUAGUAAUUUUACUGUAACUUUUCCAAAUAUAACCUAAUCAUGGACUAUUUAGGUGAGAUAAUAGCUCUCGGAAUUGACGGUGUCAUCUUCAGCAUCUGUUUAAAACAGUUUUUCUAUUGCAAAAACGCAAUCUUUGCAGUUAAGGAUGCAGAAUUUCACGAAGUCGGUUCACAGUUGGAGAACCUUGUUGACAACCAUCCUGAUAACAAAAUAGGCUAUAUAGCUGUCAGGGGCUUUGUUAAGCCUUUAGGAAAACCAUUAACUAGUAUCAAUAAUAAAAAGAUAACUGGCGUUGUACAGAAGCUCAAAAUUAAAGAACAUGUUGUGGCUAGAACUACUGCUGGUUUCUGGUCAGAUCAAGAGCACACUGUUCAUAAAGUGUUUAAUACUGUACCAUUUGUUUUACAACGUGGCUCUAAGUCCGUAGAAGUAUUAGAACCAUUGUCUGCCGAUAUUUUAGACUUGGAUGUAGUAUCAAAUACUUUUGAACCUACUGUACCAUCGUUUGCAAACCACUUAUGGAGUUUCUUCACAGGUGUACGUCAACGUGGUUUGCAGUCUACCGAAGAACUGCUUCGCGAUGGUACCCUUAUCACAGGUAUAGGUGAAUUAUCGAGGAGCAAAUCCAAUGCUCUUACACUGCAAUCUCCGAAUGAUGGAAUGCCAUUUUAUUUAACAAGUAUGUCGAUUACUUCUUUACUUAAAAAGCUAGAUGAUCGAAGGAGAACAUACAGAUUCUUAAGUUUGAUGUUUGGCGCAAUCGGUUUGUUGAUCGGUGGUAUAGUACUUCGACGUUAUUGGAAAGACAGAACGGAGCAACGAUUGGCAGAAGAGUUAAGGCGGAGUCUUUCCGCAUCCCGAAAAGAAAGAAGACAAAGAGUUAGAGACACUGAGCUCAGAGAGGAUCAGUUGUGCAUUGUUUGUCGCACAAAUCCUCGUGAAAUCAUUGUUCUUCCUUGUGGACACGUUUGCCUAUGCGAGGAUUGUGCUGACGAUAUUACUAACAAUUGUCCUUUCUGUAGAUCCCCGAUCACACAAAAAGCUGCUGCCUAUAUAAUUUAACAUGAAUGUAAGAAUGAAAUUUGUAAAGUUUACCAUGGAGGUUUUUAAAUGGUAAAGAAUGAUUAAUUAAAAUUAAUUUAGCGCGUGUAAUAGCUUUAUUUAAUUACAAGAGCAUUCUAAAGAGGAAAAUUGAAAAAUAUGAUAUAUUUUCAUACACGAGAAUACAACAUAUAAAAAAUGUCAAAAUUCUAAAUCUUUUUGUUUCUCUUUUUCAGUAUCGUUUUCUGCACUACUCGCAGUUGCGUUAAACGAGUCCAUUAUACGCUUAAUUUUAUUAGUUUUUCCAAUACCAAGUUUGGGUAGUCCUCUAUUCAAACCUUCCAACAUGAUGCAAGCUUUGCAUACUUCUUGACUCGAAACAUAUCCGCAACGAGAACAGCUUCUUCGUUCCGGCAUUUUAACAGUAUCUUUUACUGCUAAUGUUUCUCCUAUUACAUAAUACAUUUAGUUCACGCAUUAAGUAACAAUGAUAAUUUCAACAUAAAAAUUGCAGCACAAAUUCAUUUACCAGAAUGUAUUAUAUCUAAUAUGGACGAAGGCCUAAUCUUUUCUAAGUCCUUCAGGAAUGUUCUUGCAUGACCUCUAUACGCAUUUGGUGCAAAUACACAUUCAGUUGAAAAGUA